GCGCAUAAUAAUAAAAAUAAACCAUACUCCACACAACACACACAAACUACCAGAUUAUUAUGCGAAUGCGACCUAUAUAUGCCCAAUUAUGACAAUGACCCACAAAUGAAAAAAGUAAUGCAACAAUUUGAUGAUCGUGCGUCACAACGAUUACGCGAAUAUGACGAAAGGUUACAAGAAAAACGAAAGAAAUGUAAAGAACGAUGCGAUAAAGAAAUACAAAAAAUUAUUUUAAAAGAU